AUGGAUGACAUUCGCUUGUCCACAGAUCUCCCAGUCGACUGGACGGACAUGCUAUCGCAAUUGGACGGCAAUGGAAAUGUUUCGGUAGCUCAGGUUGACUCCAACACCCCCAGGGGAGCUUUCGAAUCAAACGGUCUCUCCGCGACAACGAUAGAAAACAGCAACAAUCAUUUUUCAUACCAGAACACCGUGCCAGACUUGAACGAGCUUGAUCGAAUUCUCGGGCUACAAGCUGGUGGCGCCGAUAAUGCCACGCCGGCUCCUGCACUUUUCGCCGACCCACAGGAUCUAUUCAGCUUACCACCUAACACGACACCCUCCACAACGAAUCAAGGACAGAUGGACACUUCCGCACAACCAAGUUCGGCUGAAGCGCAUUCGCCUUCUUCCGAACCUCAACCCACAUUCGAAAAGAGCGUCGAAGUGAAACAACUGAGACAGAAAUACCACGAAAAAUACAAGGAGCGCAACCGAUUGGCUGCUGGAAAGUCGCGGCAGAAGCAGGUCGAUUUAAUCGCUCUGCUAGAGGCGGAGAGACGCGACGAAGAGCGACGAAGACGGGCCCUUGAGGACGAGAUUCGGCAAAUUCAGAAGGAACUUUACGCGAUCAAGCAAGAGCUCCUUCAUCAUAUUCGCGUGUCGAAUUGCAUCAACGUGAUGUCGCAGGGCGCUCGUCUCCAGACUUUGGGUCUUUUGGCACAGGACAUCCUUCGAUAA